AUGGAUUUGGAAAACGUUCUAAGGUUACAAGAGGCCGACGUGGCUCGAGAUCAGGAAAUUGAUCGUAUUCUAGCUUCUCAUGCUCGAGACUAUUUUACCAUUCUCCAAAUUAACCCAUUAUUUGACUUUGAAGGUCUAAUUAAGAGAUUAUAUAGAAAGAAAUCUUUACUUAUCCAUCCAGAUAAGGUAAAGCAUCCACAGGCGUCAAAGGCAUUCGAUAGAUUGAAGAGGGCCGAACAUGUGCUUAGUACUGAAGAUGAUGGAGACGAAGACGCCAAAAAACGUGUCAAUGAAAAGGCCGCUUUGGUGGAUAUAUAUAAACAGGUUUCUGUUGGACUCAAGACAUCCAUUGUGGAGGAUUUCAACCAUAAAGACAACGUACUCAUCAGAGAAAAAGUGCAUUUGGUUCUAGAUAAUCAAGAUAAGCAAGAAGAGGUUGAACGUGUUUACAACCAGCGACAGGAAGCUAGCAAAAACGAGGAGUUGAAGAAUGCGGCAAAAGAACGCCAAAUGAGAAAGCAAUGGGAGUCCAAAUGGGAAGAUGAUCGGGAUUCCAGAGUGCAACUGUGGAGAAACUAUGUCAACAAGGUAGAGAAGAAGAAGAAGAAACCAAAGAAGAAGGUACUCGCUUAG